AUGGAGACGUUUGGCAUGGAGACACUUGGUGUGGGGACACACAGCACGGGGACGCUUGGCACGGAGGUGCCUGGUAUAGGGACAUAUGUCAAGGGGACACUCGGUGGUGGGACAAGGUGUCCCUCUGCUGUCCCCUCCCAGGUGGUGGCGGGGACCAGGGAGCUGGUGUCGUCCACCGUGAGCGGCGCGGUGGGCCUGGCCCGCGGCGUGGUGCAGGGCGGCGUGGAGAGGACGUGCUCGGCGUUGAACACCGGCGUCAGCACCGUGGUGGGCUCCCGCAUGGGCCGGCUGCUGGCCACGGGGGUGGACGCGGUGCUGGGGAAGUCGGAGGAGCUGGUGGAGCGAUACCUGCCCGGGACAGACGAGGAGCUAGCGGCGGCAGCGGGCGUCGCGGUGGCCUCACCAGAGCGGCAGAGACGGCGGCAGAGCUACUUCGUCCGCGUGGGCUCGCUCUCGGCCAAGCUGCGGCACCGAGCCCUGCGGCGCUCACUGGGUGAGCUGCAGCGGGCACGGCACAGCGCCCAGCGGGUCCUGGCCCAGCUCCACCGCAUCUUUGAGCUGGUGGAGGUGCGGACGCUGGCCAUGCUGCGCGGGCUCCUGCGCCAGCUCCACGCCGCCUGCACCCGCCUGGCCGCCGGCGCCCGGAGUUUACCUAGCAGCGUGCAGGAGACGGUGGGACAUGUCCAGCAUGGCGUGGAGGGCGUGCAGGCUUCCCUCUCCCGCGCCCACUCCUUCCACGACCUGUCAGGUUUGGUGCUGGCGCAAAGCCGGGAGACGGUGACGUGGGCGCAGUUGAGCAUCGACGAGCUGCUGGAGUACGUGGGGCAGCACGCGCCCCUGCCCUGGCUCGUGGGACCCUUCGCCCCCGCCCUGGUGGAGUAUCCGGAGGACGUCCCCGUGGAGAUGGCCAAAUGGGAGGCAAAGAUCUUGCAAGUCAUCAGGAUGUUAAAAACAUCUGGUUUUAUGUCUCUAGUUUCCACCGCGAAUGAAUACGCCUGCAAAGGGCUGGAUAAGCUGGAGGAGAAGCUGCCCAUCCUGCAGCAGCCCACGGAGAAGCUCAUCUCGGACACCAAGCAGCUGGUGACAUCCACGGUGACGGGGGCCAAGGAUGUCCUGACCAGCACCGUGGCUGGGGCCAAGGACGUGGUGACCAGCCGGGUGACGGGUGUGAUGGACAUGACCAAAGGGGCCAUGCAGGGCAGUGUGGAGCUGACCAAGUCGGUGGUGAGCAGUGGCGUCAACACAGUCAUGGGCUCGACCGUGGGCCAGAUGGUGGUGAGCGGGAUGGGCUCCGUGCUGGAGAAGUCGGAGGAGCUGGUGGACCAUUACCUGCCCAUGACGGAUGAGGAGCUGGCCAAGCUGGCCACAGCUGUGGAGGGCUUCGAAACAGAGCAGCAGAAGCAGCAGCAGAGCUACUUCGUGCGCCUGGGCUCCCUCUCGACCAAGCUGCGGCACCGAGCCCUCCAGCACUCGCUGGGCAAGCUGCAGAGCGCCCGCCACAGCAGCCAGGAUGUGCUGGCCCAGCUCCAGCGCACCCUUGACCUGGUGGAGCACCUCAAGCAGGGCAUGGACCAGAAGCUGCAGGGAGGGCAGGAGAAGCUGCAGCAGAUGUGGCUGGAGUGGAGCAAGAAGCAACCGGGUGGCGGCAAGGACCUGGUGCCACCGGAGCCAGUGGAGUCGGGCACGCUGGCCCUGCUGCAGGGCUUGACGCAGCAGCUCCAGAGCUCCUGCCAGCCCUUGGUGUCCAGCCUCCAGGGCCUCCCUGCCAGCAUCCAGGACACGGCGGGGCAGGUCCGGCAUAACGUGGAGGAGCUACGGGCAGCCCUCGCCUCCGCCGCCUCCCUCCAGGACGUGACGAGCAGCGUGCUGGCUCAAGCCCGUGCCCGUGCCACCAAAGCUCGCCAGCUGAUGGAUGAGCUGGUGGAGCACGUGGCCCACAACACCCCCCUGACCUGGCUGGUGGGACCCUUUGCCCCCUCGGGCCAGCGCCUGGUGGACCUGGAGAUGAAGUAGCAUCUUCUGGGCUGGGGUGCUGUUGGUGUAUCCCCCCCACCACCUGCCUAAGCCUCGAUAGGAGCAUCUACUAACCCCUGCCUGGCCCACCUUGCCCGUAACCUCAGUGCCUGCCUGUACAAGGGACCGCUCCUGCCUGUCCCACGUGCAGCUCUGUCCCUUGUCACCUGUGCCAGGGCCGUGCAGUAACAUGCCUUGGUUCCCCCAAGUGCCUACUGGGGUCACCUCCAGCCCCCGGCUGGACCCCCCCCAUGUCCCCUCGUCCUCGGUGCCUUCAAGCCCCUGGUCUUGUAGGGUCAGGGAUGGCUCGUGAAGCAAUAAACUCUGGUUAGUUUUGCA